AUCUACCUCUGGAUGCAGUUGUUGUUGCAUGUGUGACAUUUCUUUGUGUAAGGCUUGAGCUGUGUUUCAUCUUGCCCAGGCCUGCUUUGCAUAGGAGCUGAAAACAUUCUGCCCUCUGCUCAGGUCUCAGACACGUUUCAUGCUGCAGGCGUUCAGAGGAGGUCCUCUCCACUCUGUCCAUGCCUUAGUUCAGUUGGUCGGCUCCUACGAGGUGGGGCAAGCGGAGGAGAUAACACGCCUAAAAUAGAAGUUAUGUGGACGGCUUUGUGAGGGUGAAAAAUGUGUCUUUUAAUUGCGUGGGAGGGUUAAAAAAGGCCAAAAGAGCUGCCAGCUCCAUUGAGUGAGACAGACGUUUGAGACAGGUUGGUAAACCCUUACUUCGACGCAGCCUCUGAGCCUCAAACAUCAACAAACUAUCUGAAUAACGGCAACAAGACGGUCUGACCAGCGGGAAUCAAGGUUAACCCAAAACUGAAUACAAAUAUACUCAGAUUUAAAUGUGUAAAAUAAAGAGCAUGUAUGCAUUUUCUUUACAUUUCCCAAUUAUCUGCCAUUUUUUUGUUGGUCUGUCACAAAGAUUCCCGAUAAAAUAAAUUGCAGUUUGUGAUUGUAAUGUGUGAACGUGGAAAGGGGGGAUCAAUGCUUUGGCAAGGCGCCGCAGGUAUAACUAAAGAGCUAUUACAGAGUCUAUUCUCAAUAUGGGAAAAGGAAACGGAGUUUGAGAAAAGUUUCAGUUCCAAUUUAACCAAAACAUGUCAGAAACUGCUGAAAGGUGAACAGAGAAUCCAGGAAACAUGAGUUUGCAGAAGCUGGAAUUUUGACACGGGAUAUUUGUAGGAACCCAGCAGGUUUGGAUUUUUCUCCAUGUAGCAGUGACCUUCUUGCCAAGUAGAGAACCUGUGCAAGUAGCUGAACGGCCUUUGGCUGCAUUAGGAUGCGCUCUUAGUGGGGCCCUUGUCUUUCCCUCAGGAGGGAGCACUGAUAAGUAGGUUUCCCUCCUCUGCUCUUCUUGCUGGUGUCUGCACUCACUCAGCAGAUCCCGAAGCCCCUCACAGCUUCUCAUUCCUGUUCACUUCCAGAAACAGCGUCCGCGGGCUCCCAAAGUCCUGAGCCAGAUAAUCCAUCACGGCAAACAUGACACCUUAAUUUGGUUUUGUCAGAGUGGCUGCGUUAUUUUUUGAGUGGAUGCUUCUGGUGCCAGCGUGUUCAUUCCCUCAGGCUGUUCCCAGUCAUUCUCUAAAUGACCACAGGAAGCGACUUCACACCAGAAGAGAUUUCUGCGUAAUUUCACCACACUUACAAAGCACAUGGCAAGCUUUUCUUCUUGAAAAAGCCUUUGUUUCAGGCAUCCCAUUGGUUUGCUUCCUGGUGCUGCUGCCGCUCAACAUCCCCUGGUCUCAGAUCAGCGUUACUUGGCUGGGCGUGGUUCACUUCCUGGCCUGCCUGUCGCCCCAGCUGGGCUCCGUGGUCUACCACCUGUUCAUGAACCAUGAAGGAGGCGAGCCCGUCUACCACACCCUCCUGAAGCUGGACGUCUGUGGAAUCUGCAUGAUCAACACGCUGGGGGCGCUUCCUAUCGUCUACAUCACGCUGUGGUGCUACCCCUUCAUCCGCACAGUGUCCCUGCUCGUCUACAUCCUGCUGUCCGUUUACGGCAUCUACUGCGCCGUCACGGCUCGGAGCAGCGUGCGCCGGCUGCGCUCCUUCGCCUGGCAGGCCUUAUUCCGCCUCUCCUUCUUCCUGCUCCGAUGGGUGGGCAUGGGCGGCGGCAGCCCCACCUCGCUCCGCCACUUCCUCAUGAUGGACGCGUUGGCCGUGCUGGGCGGGGUCAUCAACAUCACACGCAUCCCAGAGCGCUUCCGGCCGGGCCUCUUUGACUACUGGUGCAACAGCCACCAGAUCAUGCACGUACUGGUGGUGGGCUCCAUCCUUUACCUGCACUGGGGCGUCCUGGACGACCUGCUGUGGAUCAACAGCUACAACUGUCCCUCCAACUGACCCCCACCACAGCCCCCAGUCCCUUAUGAGGACCUCUGGGGGGGUCUGGGGGUCUCUGCAUGUGUUAAACUCAGAAUGUUUAUAUCUUCAUCCAUCCUAGAACUUUCUGUAAAGUCAGAUAAAAGAAUUAAGACACACAGAAAUGUGGAGAAAACCUCACACACACUCCAGCCACAGAAUAGUGGAAACAUUUAAACAGUAAAGGGAUUAACUGAGUACACUACUGUGCAAAAGUCUUUAUUAUCCCUCAUAUAUUCAUGUUUUGGUAAGCAGACAGACUUUAUAGUAAUCUUGGGAGGUCUUCAUCAAAAGUUAUUUUUUCUCCAAAGUUUCCUUUGGAUUUCUGCUGCUUUUUAACUUCACUGUUGAUCUCUAAAGGUUUCAAGGAGAAUCUGACUCCUUGGAAGCAGAGCAUGAAGAAAUGAGGAAUGGUUUGAAACUUUUGCACAGCCCUAAAGUUGGUGACGAUAUUUUAGAUGAUAUCCGACGGAUUCUCUCAGAUGUCACUGUUGCUACCUAUGCAGCACAUCCAUAUCUUGACCCAUCCACAUCACAGCACACAGUCGGACUCCCUCUCUCCGACUUUUCUACUAAACGUUCAUGCUGGAGUCGCUGUGCGAAGCACCGCAGGAUUCCUGCUCUGAUUACGGAGUUUCACUGUUUAUUUCCUGGUUUUCUGCCUGUUUCCGUCUCUUUGCGUUAGGCUGAGUCGUCCUUAAAUGACACCAGACGAAGACAAAACAUGGGUGAGGAGUUCAUUCCUGAGUCUACUGCACUUUUUACGUGGCCGCGACCACAGAGCAUCGAUGUCUGAUUGGUUUGCGCCGGAUCUCAGUGCCAUUAAAAUUCAGGAACUAUUUAUGAGACAAGAAACCGUGAGUUUACAAAUUGAAUCCUUACACUGAGCAAAGUUUGAAUCAUUUCCACAACUUUACAAAGUUUGGAAGAUUGAAAGCACUGUUCUCAUUCACAGAGGUCCGUAGCUUACGAUGCUUUGCAAAAAAUAUGAGGUUUUUCACAUUUUAUCCCAUUUAGACCAAAGACUUCAGUGUAUUUUAGUGGGAUUUUAUUUGAUAGACCAUCACCAAAUAGCUUAUACUUUAAAGUAAAGAGGAAAUGCUGCAUUGCUUUCAACAUGUUUGUGUUCAACCUCCUUUACUCUGACCGGCUUCUCUCUCCCUCCUGAAGACAAGUAUCCGCACAGCAUCAUGCUGCCACCACCAUGUGUUGUAGUGGGGACGGUAUGUUCAGGGUGACGUGCAGUGUUACUUUUAUUGCACAACAACGGCUUUCUUCUUGUCACUGUCCUGCAAAGGCCAGAUCUGUGGCGUGCACAACUGCAACAGAUUCUCCCACCUGGGCUGUGGAUCUCUGUAGCUCCUUCAGAGUUACUGUAACUGUCUUUAUUACUUCUGAUUAAUGCUCCUUUUGCCCAAGUCUCAUCAGCUCAGGUGUUUCUUGGUCUUCAUGAUGCUGUCGGUUCACCAAUGUUCUCUAACAAACCCCUAAAGCACAGAACAGCUGCAAUUACUCUGAGAUUAAAAUAUAUACAGGGGUUUUAUUUAGGGUUGUCAGA